ACAUACUCACUACUGAACACGACCUGCCGCCUGCCACAUCUGGAGCCGCUUCACUACACGACAAACUUCGACUUUUACAGCAACACUCAGGCGUGUGCGCAGUGUGUGUCCGUCAGGGUGAAUGUUGGCUUUCUCUCGGUAGUAAGUAGAGAUUUUUGAAGUUCAGUUGGCGUUUCUUGUCUUUUUUCGGACCUCUUUUUUGGCCCCGUUUGGGAGUUUCAUACAUUCAGUUGCUGUACAACUGCCAUGUUAGUUUUAGUUGAAGCAGAACGCGAUUUUUCUAGAAAAUAACACACAUGACACGUUUCCAAGUUGUGUUUUUACACUGACUUACAAGAAGCCAGUGAGGGCUAGCGUGUUGUGAUUUAAUGAAGUAGAGAAUUCAAUGAAAAGUCGUCAAUGUCACGCUGUUUUUAUGGUUAAAUGUUGCAUUUAAAGCCUGUUUUGUCCCCGCUGUUCCACUGAAUGUUGCGUUCAUGGUGACAUGAGUCACAUAGAAUCAAAAAAGAGAAACUCAACAGCGACUAAGUGAUGGAGUGACACAUUUCGGGUUUGUUAUUUUAGUCCAACACUGAUCUAACAUUUGGAAAGGGAGACUGGAAUAAGCCAUAAGGCGCUCAGCCCCAUACUGAAGUGUUUAAGUUAGUCUGAGGGGAAAUUUAAAAGACCUAAAAAUACAGCGUUGGUUUCUUCCCCUACAAAGAAUCAUUUGAACUUCCCACCGCAGAGCGAGAGCGACAUAAAUAGUUCUGACAUGUGGAUGUAAUUUCAGAAGAAGGGGAAAAAAAGGGACAGAUGCAGAGAAAUAAAGAGAGAGAGCGGGCUGAGCCGGAGCAUAUAGUCAGAUUAUAGGAAAUUAAAUCGAGGGGCAGAGCGAGGCGAUUACCGAGUUAUGAUUUCACAGGCAGCCGUAAGCAUCGCGAGGCCAGAUGGAGUAAGAAAAAACACAAGUCGCUCCACUUUGAAGAGAGUUAAGUAGCUUUAAAUCAUCUCAUCUGAGCAUCAUCAGCAUCUGUUUGAGCGCCGGAGAGGUAGACCUGCCUCAGGUCCGGUGAUGGGAUCCGCUCUGCUACUGCACAACCUGGACUUUCUGCUUAUCUUACUACUCAGCACUUUGUGUCUGGUUUAUGCAGAUGAUGUGCUGACUAAAGAGGAACAGAUCGGCCUGUUGUUCACAGCCAAACGGAAUUGUGAAGGAAACAUCAAGUCCAAGCACAGAGUUCCCGAUGGUUUCUGCUCUCCAGAAUGGGACGGGAUUGUUUGUUGGCCUGAAGGAGCUCCGGGAAAACUUGUAUCCACGUCCUGUCCAGAGUACAUCUACGAUUUCAACCACAAAGGACUGGCGUACCGUCGGUGUGACUACAACGGAACAUGGGAGCAGACCUCAUCCAACAAGACGUGGGCAAAUUAUAGCGAAUGUGCAAAAUUCCUCUACCCUUACAACAACAGCCAUGAAAAGGAGGUCUUUCACCGCCUGUAUCUUAUCUACACAGUGGGCUACUCCAUCUCUCUGGGAUCACUCAUGGUGGCUGUGGUCAUCUUGGGAUAUUUCCGACGGUUGCACUGCACCAGGAACUACAUCCACAUGCACCUCUUUGUGUCCUACAUGCUAAGAGCUAUCAGCAUUUUCGUGAAAGAUAUCGUGCUCUACUCCGGCUCGGCCUUGGAAAACAUGGAAAGAGUCACAGUGGAAGACCUCAAAUCCAUCACCGAGGCUCCUCCGGCCAACAAGACACAGUUUAUUGGCUGUAAGGUGGUUGUAACCUUGUUCAUGUACUUCCUGGCCACCAAUUACUACUGGAUCCUGGUGGAGGGGCUGUACCUGCACAGCCUCAUCUUCAUGACCUUCUUCUCUGACAGAAAGUAUCUUUGGGGAUUUACUCUGAUUGGAUGGGGAGUACCAGCUAUGUUUGUGACGGUUUGGGCAACAGUGCGAGCCACAUUUGCAGACACAGAGUGUUGGGACUUAAGUGCGGGCAAUUUGAAAUGGAUUUAUCAAGUGCCUAUCCUGGUGGCUGUCGUGGUCAAUUUCAUGUUGUUUCUGAACAUAAUCAGAGUACUGGCAACUAAACUACGAGAAACAAAUGCUGGAAGGUGCGACACAAGACAACAGUACAGAAAACUGUUGAAGUCCACGUUGGUGCUGAUGCCGCUCUUUGGUGUCCACUACAUCAUAUUCAACGCCAUGCCGUACACAGAGGUGUCUGGAGUUCCCUGGCUGAUCCAGAUGCACUAUGAGAUGCUGUUUAACUCUUUCCAGGGAUUUUUGGUGGCAAUUAUUUACUGCUUUUGCAACGGAGAGGUACAAGCUGAGAUCAAAAAGUCUUGGAGUAGGAGGACUCUGGCUCUGGACUUCAAAAGAAAAGCUCGGAGCGGCAGUAACACGUACAGCUACGGACCAAUGGUGUCUCACACCAGUGUGACUAAUGUCACCGCCAGAGGACCUCUGGCCCUGCACCUCACCACCAGGCUAGGCCCCGUGCCUGUGAACGGACACAGGAACCUGCCCGGGUACGUAAAGAACGGCUCAGUGUCUGAGAACUCCAUACCUUCAUCAGGACAGGAGCUCCAGCUCCCUGAUGAGGAGCAUUCUGCAGCCACGCGGCCCUGCGAGGAUGAGAAACCCUCCCCCGUUGUGGAGGAGGAGAGGGAGACAGUCAUGUGACCGCCAGGCUGAUUGGGAUGAAAACUGGGAAUAGUCAAGAUAUGAAACUGUCAGAAAAAACACGCUGCAUUCAUCAACACUGCAAUGUUCUGGCUCGCUUCACAGGAGGAAAAACUGGCAGAGUGACGAGGCUCGUGGCAUAAAGGGUGUAUCACUUCUGUGAGCCAGGCUGCCUUUAUCUUGGAGAGAGCAACCUUCAUUUCUGUCGCAAAUUCUCUCAGCUCUUUCACCAAACGCCUGCCACGGUGAAUGUGUAAUAGGAUGAAAACCGACUGCCAUUUCUCAUUUGUUCUCCACUGCCAGAACUGUUGUUUUCUUGUUUUUUGGGAUUGCUUUUUUUGGCUAAUAUCUUGAGCUCAGCUUUCAUGCAUAAAUUUGUUACAGCAGUUGCCAGGAAUGGCCUUAAUCACCUAAAAGCCAGGUGGAGUUUUGAGUGCACUUAGAGGCACAUGUUGGGGCAAUUCCAUCAGCAAGACUUCAGACGAGUCAGCACGUAGACUACGUAUUUAGGCUCUGCUUGAAAAUAUUAAUUCUACCUUGUGAGGCAUCUGUGCAUGCUCUCCAGCAUAGCAUCUCAUUUGUUCUGCAAUGGCUCAAGUCCACUUCAGUGUUAAAGGGAAGGUACUCAGGUAAUUGAAGUCCUCUGUUGUUGCACACCUAUUUUUAUACUUUUAAAGUUUUGUUACAGCGUAUUCAGCAUUUCUCUGAGGAUGAUGGUGUUUUAUAUAAAGCUGUUAUAAGUUUUUUUUCCCAAAUGUUCCACCAAUUUUGCUGUUUCGAAAAAAAAACCUGGUUUGUAUUUCCCUCGUUUAUACAGAUGUAGAAGAGUUCAAAUGAAUGUUUCAUAUUUAAAUUCUCUCCAAAAAUCCCCCCCCCCCCUCUCUCUCUCUCUCUCUCUCUCUCUCUCUCUCUCUCUCUCUCUCUCGCUCUCUGUCUCACACACACACACACACACACACACACACACACACACACACACAUGCCAUGAUGCCAAAGUAAGUUUCCUUUUCGAGGACAGUCUCUCUUUGGGUUCAGUGUUAGCUGAGGUAAAGAGGAACUUUAUGGAAAUGGUACAAAAAUGGUAUCACAUGUACUCACACAUUUUGGAGGCAGGAAACCCCUUUUAAAAACACAGUUUGCAGGAAAUGGUCUUCAACUCCACUGGAAUGUUAAUUAAAUGAGGAAUCUCAGAAAAUCUUUAACAAAAACAUUUGUGCAGGUUAUGAAGGACAAGUCAGAAAUGAAUAACACACGGUAAAUUGUUCAGUGAUAUGCUGCUUUUUUGUGUAAAUAUCUACAAGUCACAAUGUUUACAAAGAUCAGAAAUACAUUCUAAUUGUGAGCUAAUAGUGUUCGUGUGUAUGGAUAUGUUAUAAAGCUAUGUUUCUAUGUAUUUUUUCUUCUUGUGUGUUGUUUUACGGAAUGUUUGCAAUAUUUGAUGGUGUAAAUAGUCCAAAAGAAAACUGGUGAAUAUAUGUACAGGUGGCAGAGGGCAUUUAAACAAGCAUUCCUUGAUUUUUUUUCCAACUCUGUAACUUGUCAUUUACCAUACGUAGCCUGCACUUUUUGCAGGUUAGGUUACAUUGUAUCUCACACCAAAGAGAAAAGGCAUGAUACAAUGUCCAAGUAAAGGUUUUCUUUCCAGCUGUUUUUAUGUUUUCAUGUAUGAUCUUGUUUACAGUGACCAAAAGUCUUAAUGUUGCAGUAAAAUUUGCCCUCCAAAAUUAAUGCAGCAGGUUUGUAGUGUAGGAGUAUGUCAAGAUAAGUGUUGAAACAGAGAAUCUAGGAAAUAAGUUGCUUCAUAUGUUUGUACUUGCAUGUAAACAGCAGUGAGGGAUGAAGAAACCAGUGUGAUGUGUCAGCUUGACGUGGGCAGAUAGUGUUAGCAUUAAAGGCAUCUUUGUUGCUUUCAGUUUUCCUCUUAACUUAAGAUGCUCCUUUGCUGGACUGGAGGAGGGAUUUCGAUUAGGUUCAGCUAGCUACAUUCAUUCUAGCAAAUGUGACCCAAACUUUUUUUUGUGCACAGUAUUCAUUCAACACCAUGAAAUACUGACCAGCAUUGGAUGAUUCAUUCUGAUUCUUGAUCCAUUAAGGUGUUUGCUGAAGUCAGAUUUGGUAGUUUGGAACCAGGUGUGUUCUGGUUUUUACAGCCUAAGAGGCCCCGCAGCAGGUCAGCUUCUAGAGCAGAUGGCAUUUCAAUCAGACGCUCCCUUCCUUUUUCCCAUAGGGCAAAUGUUUCAUGGCUAAGUCUGGAGUAGAAUCAGAUUAUCUUAAUUGUCAACAAAAUCUGUGAAAAGAUCAAAAACAAGAGUAAACUAACUUUCAAGUAUUGUCUGAUUGGCCUUUACCACUGAGCCACAGACAUCCCUUGGUGUCCGUAAACUAUUAAAAACACAUUACGAAGGCACACUGGUACAAUGUAUGUCACUAUGCUUCAUUAUGGUAAAUUUAGGUCCUAGGGGCUUGCAUAUUUGAGUUUCAACAACAGAAAUGAAUGCUUUAACAAUGUGAAAUAUUUACAGCAUUCACUUAAAGCGGGGUGUAUGCACUCAAACCUUUUAGAGCUCAGAGAAGUGCAUUGUAGUCAAAUUAGACCCAACUUGAACAUCUCCGUGAAAAUUGAUCAUCACGUCUCAUCAAGGUUGAGUGGACUGACUAAAACUUUAAUGCAUGCUGCUGCAGGCUACAGUGACUGAAGACUGAGGAGACUCACUAUUAACCUUUAAUUGGUCCCUUUUAUCUGGAAUUUAUUAACCAUUCUCUGAGAACCUUAAUCUGAUUUUUGAUCAAGUUUAAAAGUAAAGCAGAGAUGCAUAAACAUUUCUAAUUACAGUUGAUUGAAGUGAUUCUUCUUCAUAUUUAACCCAGCUUUCCACUAAUUACCAUAGCUUACGUAAAUAUUAUGUUUCUGUCAUGUUAAUCAGACAUAUUUUAGUCAAAAGGGGGCAUGAAAAUCUUAAAUUAAAAGUAAAAUGUAAGCACUUUAAUAUGCUUUAAAACAGUAUUUUGUUCUGAUUGUAUCAUGUAUAAUGAUUGUGUUUUGGAUAUAAGUGUACGGUAAGGCCAAUAACCAUAGAGCUAAUGUUGUAUUUCUGUUUUUAAAUACCUCUCAUGGAAGUAUAAAAAUGUGUAUCAUUGUCUUUUAUUUAUCUCCGUGGAGUCGACAUGGGUCUUGUGCUUCAGAUGCAGUAUGUCGGGGGAGUGUUGGCUCAAACACACUUCACCUUCCAGUGUAGUGAUGAAGGCACGCUGUAGAUAUCAGUGUAAACUGUUUCUGGUCUUUCAUGUUCAUCAGUGAAUUGUGAACACAACAAUAAAUCUUGAAUUUUACUGUACAUAA